UUGUACUUUACCAAAUUCUAACUGUUAUGUUAAGGUUGUUGGUAAGUAUUUUUAAAUAUAAUAUUUUAUUGAAAAAUAACAAAUUGAAAAUGUUGUGACAGAUGGAACUAAUAUUCGUGGUUGUAUGAGCAAUUUAGGAGAGAAAAUACUUGAUUGCAUUGACAGUGAAGAUUGCCUGUUUUGUAAUUCAGAUCAGUGUAAUAAUGUGAUUUAUCCACCAAAUCGGCAAAAAUGUUUCGUAUGCGAUAGUACCAAUAACGAAGAUUGUCAUGAAAAACCUUCAACUGCAAAAGUAUGCCCAGUUUAUUUAAAAGAUCAAAAAUGCAUUAGUAAGUACGACGAAGGAAAAACGGAGCGUGGUUGUAGUAAUGAAUUAACAUGUGAUGAGAAGGAUGAUAAAAAAUGCCAAAUAUGUAGUGAAGAGAACUGUAACACAAUCGAUUUGAAGGGUCUGAAUAAUUCAGCCACGAUAGUCGCUAAUUCAAUAUUGAUUGGUUGUUUAGUUUUAUUAAGAAAUUAUUUGUCAUAAGAUGAACUGAAGAGAGUCUUGCUUGACUUGCACAAUUCACAGUUUUUACAUUAAUUUUUUUUUGUUUAUUUGUAAUAGAUUUAUACAUUGAACAUAAGAGUGUGAGAAUAUAAGCUUUAUUUUAUAGUAC